GCACCACCUGCACCAACUGCACCAACUGCACCAACUGCAGCCAGACCCGGCCGGCCUUCAUCGCCGCCUCUCCUCCUCGUCGCGCUGCCUCGCUCUAGUUUUCAACUCUUCUCAAGCUAACUACUCCCUGCGACACCGGCCUCCUUUUCCUUGUCGUUCUAUUGCUACCAUCUUUCUUUUUCAUUGUCACUUGCCAUCAAUCAACUGUCCCCUCCCAUCAUCCUCUCAUCCUCGCAUCCUCGCAUCCUCGAUCUCGCCCUCACCCUCACCCUCACCCUCACCCUCACCUUCACCCGCCGCCUCUGCCGCCGCCACCUCCUCCGUUCCCUCCGUCCUCCUCUGCGUUGUCCGUCGUUUUCGCAGCAUCGGGGACCCUCACUCUAGCUGUACUUCCCGAUCAUGUCACCUUGAUGUGGACUCCUCUUCAUCAUGACUACGGAUUCGCUUUCGUAUCAUCCGACUGAGUCCCUAAUCCUCCCCACAAAGCGCCGCUUCUUCCCACUCAAAAUCCCCAAUUUCCACCAGCAACUUCGCAACUACAUCAGCACCGCCGACCCAGACAGAAUCUACGUCGUCGUCGAGAAACUCGUAUAUGCCAUCCACAUCUCGUCGCAGAAGCGAGAGACUAUUGCCGAAAUUCCCUUUGAGCCCAAAUGCCUAGCUGCUGCCCACGGCUGGAUUGGCGUCGGGGGCUCCGAUAAUGGCGAAUGCGCCUUUAUCAGACUCUCCGAUCGGAGCGCGCGCGCCCGGCCCGACACCCCGGCCUUCCAGCCGUCCGACGUCGAUAGCGCUUUGCCAAUUGACCUCGAACCUCCCACAAGACUUUCGCCUCCCUGGCUGCCCGGCGAUGAGCCUGGAACCGCUCGCUCUGCCGGUAGGAGGCAGAUUCCAGAACUGCAGCUGCACAAAUUCGGGGGCAGUAUUGUCAACUCAGUGACCAUCCACCGUCUGCCGGGAGACGGGAAGGACUUGGUGGAUGAAGAUAUAGCCAUUCUGAGUAACAAUGACAAAACCGUUACCAUCUUUUCUCUGGCCAGGUCGAAAGUCCUGAAAGUGCUUCAUCAUCCAUCAUGCAUGAAUUAUGCAAUCAUGUCUCCGGACUCGACGGUGCUCGCCGCAGUGGGCGACGAAACCCGGGCAUAUUUCUAUGAUGUCUCCCGCAACCUCGAUCAGGUGGCUCUGACGGAAAAUGGCGACAGGCUCUGUGGGUGGAACUGGUGUCUCCUUCGCUGCAUAGAGAUGGAUAUAGGCACACGUUUCGAUGAUGGAUGCUGUUUCACCGUCGCGUUUUCUCAGUUUAGUCGAUUAUGUGCUAUUGGAUCGCAGUCCGGAGUGAUCACCGUCUUUGAUUUGAUAACAAUCCGAGACAUCAUUCGCGAGCCUCUCGGCAAGAAUACGAUCAUGUGUCGUUUUAACUCGUCCAGGCCUUGCUGUAAUGGCGGCGCUGUGCGCUGCAUGGCAUUCGCACCCGAGCCAUGGGACCUCCUGGUAUGGCUCGAGGACAAAGGGCGCGCUGGUAUUGCUGAUGUUCGUCAGCGGUUCGUCCGGAGACAAAUCCUCCAGUUGGAUAUGAACGAGCCCGGAAUAGAGGAAGUCCGUACCGAGUUAUCGAUGGAUGACCUGGUAUUUGAACUCAAUGGUCGGAUUUCUCCAGACCUGCGCCAUGAACUUGACGCGAACCAGCGCGUUGCUGUUGAUUCGUUUGAGGGGCCGCCUUAUAACCAAGGCGCACUGGGUUCCGACGACACAUCGUCGCCCAGCGAAAGCCUGGUCCAGGAGCUCUCUGAAAGGGAGAGGUUAAUAGUCGAAUUCUUGAACACCGCGCGCUAUACGUCGAGAACGACCGAUGGUUCAACAGAACGACGAGUUAGGGCGAGCGCUCACCCGCACCCUGCUGUUCGCCCGCGGCUUCAUGGUUCCACAGAUGGAGUCAAUCGAAAUUCUCGUCCUACCUCGCCCCUACGUCAUGGCGAUGCAGUUCCUCCAAUCCCCAGCUGGUUUCGGGGACCAAGAGAUGCUAGCGAUCGCAGGCAACAGGCGAGACAUCAAGGCGCUGCUGUCCUGACUCCGAGCCAUAACGAGACGAACAGUCAGGCUGCUCAAGAAACGGGCCCGAUAAGCAUGGACCCGCAGCCUAGCAUUACACUCAGUUGGACUGCUUCGCCGUCGGAGAUGCACCCGGAGAACCCCCUGCACGCCGUAGAUUCAAGUUCGAGUGACCCCAGUAGUUCUGGAAACGAAACCGGACCCGUCAGUCGGUCACAUGGAACGAUAGGUCGACCCUCCGCUAACUUCGAUUAUUCCAACACGACCGCGGAGUUGUUGCCCCGGCCCAGGAACCACCAGCGAUCUCGCUCUGGCCACCGACGACUGGAGAGACAGGAAAGCAGUACGCCCGACGCUCUUCCCGACCCACCGCGGCUUUCGAACACUGAACUGAGGGCCAGCGUGGCUGCCGAGCGCCUUCGACGGCAGCGACAAAGUAUGAAUGAACCACCCAGUCGGCAUGACCAACGCGAGCAAAGGUAUCGGCAGCAACCAUGGGGGUUCGAGCAAACCCGAUCUCCUCGAUGGAUUCGGAGUGUAUUGAACGAACUUCCCGACCGCAGCAUGGGGAUUGGACACCGAGACCAAGACCCAGGUAGUACAGCUGGGAUUGGCUGGGGUGCGGAUGGAAGAACACUGUAGGUGCCAUGUCUCGGACCAACGGUAUCACCGGCUGAACUGACGUGACCUUUUUUUCAGGUAUAUCGCAACUGUGGACGGCAUCUUUGAAUACCAGGUCAAUGUAACGGACCGGAAGACCUUCCCUGUCAUCACUUACCGUUAACAUAAUUCGCCGCGCUUAUCCGGAGUACAUC